UUCUCGAUUUAGCAAAGUUUGUUUGAGUUUUUUCCCAUUUGUGUUGCAUAAUAGGCCCGAUAAUUUUGUUUUGGCAGCAAUGAUGAAAUUGGCACCACUGCUGUCAGUUAGGCAGUACAGAAAUCAAAACAAUUCGUAAUGUGUACAGGCAGAACAACAAUGAUGUCCUGCUACGGUAGUCGAGUUUUCGUAUUGUUUAACUAUUUGUUUAUAGUUUUGACCUUUUGUGCAUCUAAUUCUAAUUCAAACAAUGUUUCCGGAGACACCACUGAAGUACCGAGUUUAGAAUUAGUACGAGAGGUCGUAGAGUUGACCGUUCCGGUAGCGCUAAAGCCAAACGAUAUCAACGAUUAUCGCGAAAUCGUCCUGCAGCCGUACUCGAACACGCGCGUUCACAUUGCAAACUAUGCGAAAAAUGCAGGCAAAACCAUCGGUUAUGCGCUGGUGCAACUUAAUGCCUUCGAGUAUAAUGUGACGCUCAGCUACAACAGUUCCAUCGUGGACGGAGGACAUCUUACGGGACAGAAUGUUGGUCUGCUAAUGUAUGGCGAUGGUGAUUUGUACGCGUUUAAUUUGAAUCCUCAUCAGGCGGUAUGGGUUUCGCUGGUACUCAUGCUGUACAACACAUCUGCACCGAUUCCGGGAGGUUGUAAUCUGGAGUUUCCUGUCGAAAUAUCACCCAUCCUUAAUUUGACACUCACGCCGGAAAUCAUCAUUGUCGACACACCGGCAGCAUCAGUAGCCAAACCGUUCCAAGGACCACCGAACGGGUGCGGCAAGGCACGAUUGGAAUAUGAAUCCUACUAUUACUCCAUGCCUGCGCACGAUUUUUCGCAACAAGCUUACUUCUCUGCCAUUCGUAAUAUGAUAAGCUAUGUAAAUGCGAAAAUGUCGGGUAAACAAAAUGUCCUGCACGAACCUUUUUUACCGAACCGGCAUAAGUACGGACGGCAGAAUGGACGCGGCAUGGUGUUCGUUACAGCAGUCAUUGAUCCCGUACAUCGUGGUUUUGCUUUGUACGUUCCAACACACACUUACUCGUGCAAACCGUUGCUAGAUGCAGCCGGAUGUUAUGGUCUAAACAUUCCACUACGUCUGUUUGCUAUUGUGCUGACGAUUAUAGCGGUGCUGGAAGUGAUAAUGGGUUGGUUACCACUUGUCGUUAAGUGUCCCGCAACGGUAGGUUGCUUAGGAAUGUUGGGAACGGUUGAAGCUUUAAAUAUGCUUGAUAAACCGUUAGCACAGGAAUGGAUCAUAAUAUGCCUGGUAGGAGGAGCGAUUGUAGGUGCCGUUUUUGGACUGCUGCUGGGUCUAUAUGCGCCAGCAGCGGGUAAGAUAUUCUGCUCGUUCCUGACUGGUUAUCUCAUCUGUCUGACGCUGUUUGGUAUGAUAAAUGGAAAUUUUUACUCCUUAGCGCAUGUUUCCUGGUACGUUGCGCUUGGUGGUAUAGUGAUUGGUGCCAUCCUGAAUGUCGCCCUACCCAUCAUACUGAUCACGCGCUCGGUAAUAUUCGGUACCAUCUUCAUUUUCUACGGAGUAAAUGCGAUCGUUGGUGCGCGGCUGGACUAUCCGUUGCGGCACCUCGUACGACGGCUGUACGUGGAAAACUAUGAACGUGUGUACUCCGAUCCAGCACUGGAUGAGAACGAUUUUGUUGCACUGGCGGCCUUUGCUAUCACGAUGACAGUGGCACUUUUCUUACGUUCCCGUUACCAAACGGAAGAGGUACAGAGUGAUUAUUCGCGCAUUGAAUUUCCCUGCCACAGAGGUCCUGCCAACGGUGAUGAUGAGGAUCGCAUUGAACGAAGUACGGUAAUUGCGGCAGAUGAUACGGCCGCGUAUCAGCGUUUUGUUAACGAACUGCCAGUCAUUACACGAUGGACGAAUGGUGAUGACGAUGUGUUUGAAUCUCCCGAAAGUAACUCCCGAUUCUUCCGACUGUUACGCCGUAACGCUAAAAGAUAGAAACAUCUUGCGAGAGCAUAGCAGCAAGGUAAUGGUACCUUAUAUAAUAUCUCGUGAUUUAGUUAGUUUUUGCCAUGAUCAGAAUCUCCGGAGGGCAAAAUGCGAAAUAAAAAUAGCAUCAUUAAUUAAUCACGCUUAUACUAAGUGUAUAUGUAUAAUACGUAAAAAUAUGGCCUACAUUAAAAAAGCUACAAAGCUACAAAUUUACAUUAAAAAAAUCUUCCAAACAGAAAAUAUACAUUCUGUUCCAUUUAUAUAAAAAAUAAUGGAAAAUAAAGCGAAAGAUUACCAAAUAGAAUGAAAAUUACAAAAGAU